AUGUUCCUCCCGAGGGUGAGGAGCCAGCAGGGCGAGGCGAAGGUCUCCGGGAAGGACCCGCGGGGGGUGGCCGCCGGGGAGGAGCAGCUGCUGCUGCUGGGGCUGCUGCUGCUGCAGGCGGCGCGGCCGCGGCGGGGACGAGCGGCGGGGGGCGGGGCGGGGCGGGGCGGGGCGGCGGGCGCAGCCUGCGGCGGGCGCGGCUCGGAGCGGGCGGGCGGGCGGGCGGCGGAGGCGCCGGGGCGGCCUGGAGACCGCCCGCCCCGACGCGCGGCCCGGAGCGCCCCGCCCUCCCCAGCGAGCAUGCUCAGUGCCGCCCUCCUUUUCUCCCCGUGGCGAGGGAAUCUCGGCGUGCGGGUGGGCGUGUGUCUGCGGACCCGCUGCAGCCGCCGCCGCGGAGGACCUUGGUGGCGACCGCCUGGGGGGCGGGGGGUGGGCCGCGAGCAGGCCUCGCGCUGGGGUACUGAGCCCGAGCUGCUGCCGUCCGGCUCGCCCCAGGCUUGCUACGGGGCCCCCGCCACCCCCACACCCGGCAAACGGGGCUCCCCGGCUGCACAGGCGGGAGGUGCCCGAAGGAGGAGACGCUGGGCCGCCUCAGUCAGGGCAGGACGGGGCCUGUGAUCAGCUGGCCUGGGCAGUCCAGUCCGGAUGGUGACCUGGGGCCAGAGUGUGGAGCUGGAAGGCUUGGUCAUGCCCUGAAAUCCUUUGUCAACGAAACCCCCCUGACACAUGGAAGGGGGAACAGCCUCGUUUACCCCCCUCCUAUAAAACUCCACACCCCUCUUUGCUCUGGGAAGUUAUGAUCUUCUCCCUCUGCUCUCGCCUGACCUCCCGCAGCUCAAACAAGCCAAAUAAAUUCUGAUA